CGACGAAGAAGAACAUCGACUCCGAAGGGGCGGGGGUUCUGUUGGAGGCAAACCCUGAAAGGGGUUUUACCAUUUCUUGCAUGAAAAAUUAACACAUCGUAUCAUCAAACUGACCGCUUUGCACAGCGAAAAAGAUACAAUCCUCAACGACAGAAAACAUGGAAGCAGGGGAAGACCAGAACCCCAGCACCAACAAUGGAAAUCCUCAAACAAGUGGGAACACCCGCACGCCCCAAAUAGCCCACAUGUCUCUGUAUGAAAGACAAGCUGUACAGGCUCUUCAAGCACUUCAAAGACAGCCCAAUGCCGCUCAGUACUUUCAGCAGCUAAUGCUGCAGCAACAGAUCAGCAAUGCUCAACUCCACAACUUAGCUGCUGUGCAACAGGCCACCCUUGCAGCUAGUCGACAAUCCAACACCCCAAGUAACAGCAUGUCCCAGGCGACCACCACUGUAAGUUUUAUGGUCAACCUUAGCACUACAUCUGCAGGAGGAACCAUGACCAGUCCUCGUCCCCAUGGCCCAGCAACCUCUGCAGCAACAACGGCUGCUCUUAACCAGUCGGUGUUGCUUGGUGGAAACUCUGCAGGACAAGGGCAGAUGUAUCUUAGGGUAAACCGCUCUCUCAGGGCUCCUCUCGCCUCUCAGCUCAUAUUUAUGCAAGGUGGUACAGCAACUGCUACUGUUGCAACUGUCGCCCAAACACAGCCCCAACAGCAGCAACAACAACAUGAAAUGACUGCUACCAACACCAGUAAUCAGUCUGACAAUGACCAGGUACAGAAUCUGGCCCUACACUGCACCUCUUCUCCAAGAGCUAUUGCUGUCAAGUCAGAACAUCCAGAACAGAAAGAUGUCGCCAGCUUUCCUCUUGGUCAGCAGCAACAGGCUUUUGCUCAGACAGGUCAGCAGCAGCAAGUACAACCACAACAGCAACAGCAAAUGUCCAAAGGCAACUUCAAUCAGCAAUCCAACGCUAACACUAUGACUGUAAAGACUGGAAACCAAGCUGCCAUUUCUGUUACUUCUGCUGCAUCUGUAGCUCCUUCCUCCAAUGCCAAUCAAGCACUCCCUCUUUCCCAGCUCCUCCUGUCCUCCUCUGCUGCUCCAGUGAUACUGGUGCCCACCUCCAAUGUUCCCACUUCCACCCAGGGCUACCCAAUCGGCUCGGUGACCCCUAAAGCCAGCGUAAACACACAGACUCUGGUGGUCCAGCCGCUGCAACAAGCCAGCCCUACCACAGACAAAGGCCCUGUACCAAUCCAGCCCAAGACAGCUCAGGGACACCGCCUACCUGUGCAGCUCCCUCCUCGUCACCCUCCUCCCAUUCUCCCAGCACCACCGAGCAACAGCCAGAUCACAGCUGGGGGGCACAACACUCCCCACAUCCCAGUGCAGCUUGUGGGAGCGAGGCAGGGCUUAGCAGGGAGCGCACAGGUUGUGGCUCUGGCACAAGCACGAAGCAUCUCUGCUCAGGAGGGUGCGGCUGGAGGGAACAUAAACACAGUUAACAACAGUGUUAUGAUAAAGCCUGCCAUUGGCUCUCUGAAAAGAAAAUCUGACUGUGAUGCUUCAAAUGAGAUGGCAACUGAAUCCUCAGACGCUGCACCUAUGAAAGACUGCGCUCCUCCUUUAUCUCCUGCCCCAACGAAGGACUCCGCUCCUCCUGCAGCAGUUGCCUUCACAUCUCCUCCCACCCUGUCCCUGCCUCUGCCUUUGUUAAGAGGCGGGCACGGGGACAAGGACAGAGCACCACUUCCUCAUGCGGUGGUCAAACCUCAAGUUCUCACACACCUCAUUGAAGGCUUUGUCAUCCAGGAGGGAGCUGAGCCCUUCCCUGUUGCUGGACUCCUCAAAGACAGAGAUUUUGCCCUGGUUGGCCGCUCAGAGAAUGGUACCCCAUUGUUGAAGUGUGAGUACUGUUCAAGCCUCGCCCCAGCCAGCCAGUUCAAAGGAUCAAAGAGGUUCUGUUCAAACACUUGUGCUAAGAGGUAUAAUGUGAGCUGCAGUCAACAUUAUAGGACGAGCAGAGGGAGAAGUGGUGCAGGGGUCACACCACCUUCAGCUGACAGCGCUGCACGGAGAAGGGGCCACUCUCGCAGGGGAGGCUCAGCUGUUACCUGCAAUAAGAUGUCAAGCAGGCAUCUACCUGUAAAGUGCCACUCUGAGUCCAGCCGCUCGGAUGAUGUGUCCACUGAUGGAGAAGAAGAUGAGGAAGAAGAUGAGUCUCCUUCACUGUCCCCAAGCUCAUCACACUCCUGCUCAAGAGAUGGACACAGCGCUCCUCCCUCUGAGAGUCCAGCUCCACUAGAGGGUGCUAACUUCCUCUCAACAACUCCUGCUCAUUGGAGUGUGGAAGAAGUGUGCAGGUUUAUCUCUUCACUUCAAGGCUGUGAAGAGCUGGCUGCUCAGUUCUUGUCGCAGGAAAUAGACGGGCAGGCUCUGCUGCUCCUGCGAGAGGAUCAUCUCAUCUCCACCAUGAAUAUCAAGCUUGGUCCCGCUCUAAAGAUCUGUGCCUCCAUCAACUCGCUGCGUGAGUGAUGAAAGAGGGCAGGAUGUUUUAAAGACUGAGAUGAGUUUACUUUAUGGACAUUGAAUGUGCAAAAACAUGUUGUAUGUAUACGUUUUCUGUUCGUAUCCAUGUCAGUAGUGUUUGUUAGUCUUUUUAUCUGUUAAUGUGAGUAGAGAAUUUUUUCAUAUAUACUCCUGUGAAACUGUGCAAACCUGCAAGUGUGCAGUAAAGGGUGCUAGGUGUCCUGACUAGGACAGCUCACUUGCUGGGAUAAAAAAAAAAGUUGCCUUCUUGCUGGAUUUCAAAUGGUGCUUUAACUUUGAUAUGUUUCAGUCUUUUAGCAGUUCUUUUACUGUAGAUGUUCAAUCCAGGCUCCAAUCACAUAAAGCCUAGUGUCUAAUUUAGAUCCUUUUGCCAGUCGUUAAAGGUUUAGUUUUGUACCCUUUCCAUUUUGUACUACAAUCAAAGUUAUUUUUUCAUGGAUAAGAUAUAGUUUUAGUAGCUUUAACCAACCUGACUACCUGAAAAUAGGUAUUUCAAAGGGUUUGCUCUUUUAAGGGCCAAGAGGAAGUGCUCUGUAUGUAUGCAGUACUACCAAUAAAAAGGUACCUGUUAAA